AUGAGAAAACUUCUGGUAUUUUGCACAGCGAUUGCCCACCUAUGCAGUUCUGAACCUUUGAGUAUUAGUGAGCAGAUGAAGUUUCCUUGGAUGGAAAAUCUCGUUCAUUUGCCUUUUCCGGAAGAAAAUAAUACAACUGAGGUGACACAAAUGCUAGCGAAGUACCCUUCUACGCUACGACCCUUCAUUAAUGCGACAGCAAUCAUUGUAUCAAGGAGCAGAGAGAACAGGAUAGAGGAUGAAGUUAUAACGGACGAGGAUGUGGCGGACGUCAACGACGACGACGAAGCUCAUAAAGUGAAUACCGCGCGCUAUGAUGGAAAGACAACCACAAUAACUAUUUCCACUGAAGCUGGAACUGAGCUCUACCAACACUGGUUGGAUCAGGCCGUCUCUGGACUCAUGGCAGCGGUUGCAACUAAAAAGCUUGAAAACGCUCCCGAUUAUCUAAAAACAGCUCAUCAAACAUGUGCUAAAGGUGCGAAAACUGUGCAGGCCCACGCAAAGUGUGUUGUGGUUCUUCUCGAUGCUGAACUUAAGUACCAAAAAUGGAACGCUAAGUUUGGAAUGGCAAAACGGAUAGGUCGAGUGCAUAAUGGAUUUGGCUAUGGAGCCAAGAAUUCAAAGCGAUGGAUUAAAAAAGUCGUGAAGAAACCUACACGACCUUUUGAAAGAGAAAGAUUUCAACCACAUCGAAAAAACAUGGGUCUUCAUCAGAUUCCACUGCUUGAAAAUGGGCAAAGCAAGGAUAACCCAUCUGAUAAGAUGCACAGCCUGUCGAAGGAGUACUUCCCAACUGAGAACGGCUGGGUGGGUGCAUUCAAGUUGCGAGCGAAACGAUCUGUGGAUCAGACGUCGUCGAAGCUGGGAGGAAAAGUUGAGCGGGUUAGCCCAGAGCAAAGGAGCAGCUACAACCUGCUGCAAGAAGAACAACUCUCUCCACUUGCAUUGCUGGCGAAGAAGUUGAUCCACACUGUUCGAACCUUUAAGAAUAAAGGCAAAGAGUACAAGAGUUGGCAGAAAAUAGUGGCCGAGAUCAAGGAAGAAGGGGAGAAACUGAAGAAGAAAAAGAAAGUUAAGAAAAUGCUAGAACAAAGAUUCGAUCUUUUCAAGAGGACGCUGGGUGAUGAGGGCAUCGAUAAGAGUUUGAUGAAAAAGAUGGAUUUUCUGGGGAACGAUGACGAAGACGAGAUGGAAACGAUUAUGCUAAAAGCAAAAGAGCAAGAGAAAGUAAUGAGUGUCGACGAGAAAAUGAUGCAGAUGCCAGUCAAGAUCAUUCGAGAAGGGUUGAAAUUGGGCAUGGCAUUAUCAGGGCGUAACGUCUCAAAUUUCGAUAACAAGAACCUUAGGCUGAUUUCUCCUCGGCUCCUUUCGCUUGUCCCUGAAAACAUAGAUGAAGACACGAUGAACCUGCUUUCUCCAUCGCUUUUCUCACUGCACAACGAAGGCAGAGGUCUGGAAGAUGACCUCAGUUUAGCGAGAGCGUUCAAAUAUUUUGACGAACAAGGACACCAGGAAUGGUUGAACUUUGUUAUUGAAGCUGCUGGAGUUUCCGAUGCCAUACUAAAAAUGAAGGACACCAACGAUGCGGAGGGAAGAAGACAAAUGGAUGAGGAGUUCCGGAGUAAGGACGGACAACCACUAUAUUUUACAAAGGAGAAUGUGACAGAAAUGUACGGUCCCAGUGAACGGAAGAAGAUUGAAGUUUUUGAGGAAUUGCAGCGUUCCCUUUCGCCAGAGCAGAUCCUCACAAUGAACACCACUGGAUAUGCUACGAUGAGCCCACAACAACUGGAUAUGGUUUACGGUCCUAGCUCUCCUUUUAAAGAUCCAUCCGCAAUUGAACGUCUUGAGCACUUAUCCGCUUCUGAAAUUCACCAAGCAGUGGAGCAAACGAUCAGAGGCGUGGCGGAUCAGACGAUUCAUUUCAAGGCACAGCGAAAGAAAGACAUUGUACUAACGCCUCUGGUGCUUCAGAAUGUGAUUCGCAAUCCCGCCCUUCUUUCCCAGCCCCUCGUCCUCUCGCCGGUGCUUUUUGUCAGUGCCAUCUACUCACCUGCUAUCUUCGGUGCUGUCAUCCUUUCCCCUUGGGCUUUUGUCCCAAUCCUCGUCUCACCCCGUAUCUUGUCUCCCGUUGUCCUCUCCCCACUGUUGCUUUCCCCUGUUGUUCUUUCGCCGUUGGCUUUAGAUCCUCUCAUUCUUUCUCCUGGAGCCCUGACAGCUUUUGUUCUGUCACCUUUUGUUCUGUCACCUUUCAUCCUCUCCCCAGUCGCUCUGGCACCGCUUAUUCUCUCUCCUUUUUGUUUGUCUCCUUUCAUUCUUAUUCCCAACGUGCUGUCUCCGUUGAUCUUGUCUCCGUUCGUUCUUUCCCCCCUAAUACUUUCGCCGGUAGCCGUCUCGGCUUUCGUGCUCAGCCCUUAUGCGUUGUCUCCUGUAAUAGCUUCACCCGGCAAAUUCUUUGCCGCUGUGCUCUCACCUACCUGGCUCAGCUGA